CACAAUAUGUCGGGGACGUGUUCCAGUGGCGGGGCGUGGUAUGUCUGCAGCGCAAGAGGGUAUUCGGGGUGCUGCUCGCACGAUCCAUGUACGGACGGGAUAUGUCGAGACUCCGGUCCCAAGGAAGAAGAAUUUGCGACUCACAAGACGACGAAGGCACCGGAUACGACUACUCACACGAUUGUGGUUCAGGAGGAGACUCCAAAAGCUGCGUUAACGACAAAUUCGACUCCACCCGAGACGACUCGAGCGCCACCUGCUCCAGCUUCAACAAGUGAGACUAAGUCUCAGACCGAGACCGCAUCAGAAACCACCACAGAACUCUCCGAACAGCCAACAUCUACAGCCACUUCUUCAUCAAGCGCCGUGACAACCGGAGAGAUAGCUUCGACGACCCCCACGACCACGCAGACCGCUACCCCUGCCCCCGUAUCUUCCAGCCCGUCCAAAAACAACAGCGCUCUCAUAGGGGGUGUCGUGGGAGGAAUUGCUGCACUACUGCUCUUGGCUUUGCUCUGCUGGCUGCUCUACAGGGCACGCAAGAAGCGCCAUCGAACAUAUGAUCGUCGAAACUGGCGGAAACCCCACUACGCAGGGCAGAAACCUGAUACUAUCACCGAAAAACUAACCCGACGCUUUGGCCGAUCCACCACCGGAUUCUUACACUAUAAGAGAGACAGGCCUCCAUCGCUUUCUUUAUACACUCAAGAGUCCAUCAUCGGAUCCUCCUCGUCGUCCCCGACAGCCAACCCAAUAUAUUCCCAUAAUUCCUCGCGCACCAACACCGCUGUGCCCCCUCCACCAUCUAUCCCAAUCCAACUCUCUACGCAAGCCCCUCCACGGGAAGUAUUAGCACCGGCACCGGUACCAGCGCCGACACUCAGACCACUUCCACGAGGCAUCCCGGCCCAGUUCGCCCCAGCACAACUGCCUCCAGCACAGCUCGCUCCCCCCCGAAUCACCCAAACACACCUCCCCCCAGCUCACCUCGCCCGGGCCCGCCUCGCCCCAGCCCCAAACCCCCCAGACCCAGUCCCAGCCCCGGUCCCCAGACCACCCCGACGGACCCAACCAGCACCAAACCGACACACCCACAUAACGCCCGAGCUCUCCGACACAGGCUUCUACCGACAACGCGCCGAACUAGCCGCAGAAAGCAGCCGCGAACUAAUCAACCUCCCACGGCGGGGUCCCACACGAGGCCUAACUCCAUCCAUAUGUUCCGACAUGCAAGCCGCAGGACCAUCCAUGCCGAUCAUCACGGACGACGGGGUCGUCCUAACAGCCAACAUGGAGCGCCUGGACGAGGAGGACGUCGUGCCCGGGUGUGAUGGCGUCGGGGACGGAAAUCAGCAGCAUAUUAUGAGUUUCAUGGAUUAUGAUCCUGCGAGGGAGAUGGCGCUGCCUGCUUAUGCGGCGGUGUGGGGGGAGGGGGAGAGUGGGGUUGUUGAUAGGAAGAGUUGGAUGCGAUAG